AUGGUAAACCAUGCAGAAAAGAUAUUUUCAGAAGGCUCUUUUGAGUAUUUAGAGUACUUUAAAGAAAGGAAGCCGAACGAGUGGAAAGAGCUCGAUUUUCUGAUAUGGAUGAACGAGAAGGGAGAAUCCCUGUUUCCGACAAACAUAAAGUCUCAAGAUCGACAGGAACGAUGGCACAAAUAUUUCAAGGAACUUCUCAACUAUGUGAUUUCUCGGUGUAGAAGUGUGGAUUCUGAAGACUACGAUUUAAACACUUUUGCGACAAACGCUUUGAAUUCGGCGAUUCGUCUUCAGCAACGCUUGGACAUCUCCUUGCUGGAGACAUGGCUGGAUAGCCGUCCUGGGCAUGCAGCUGAGGACAUCUCUUUGCUGGAGACAUGGCUGGAUAGCCGUCCUGAGCAUAUGGCUGUUUGCACAUUUGGAAUGAUGGCUUCAUAUUUAAUUGUUGUCUGGUGGUUACUUGUAACAAUGCAGAAAGAGCAUCAAUCUCUCAAAAAUCAGGAAGCAUUAAUCAUAGCAAAAGACUCCUUUAGGCAGGUUGAGUGGAUGGCGGCUCGUAACAACGACACCCGAGAUAGAUUUUGGGGAAAAGGUCGAUCUGAGGUGACAAGUAGUGAUGAUUACAAAUCGCAAGAAGAAAUGGAACCAGUCUCGCCUUCGCCAACCCCGUCCAAGCCCGUCACUCCGAUUAAGCGUACACGACUCGAACAGUGGGAAGAGAGUGAUGACGUGAUUGAAGGAGAGGAGACCCCGGGUGAAGAAAAGGAUCUGACUUCAAAGCAUCCAAAGCGACGUAGGCCACAUUCUGUUUCAGCUACUAUCCCAAAGGCCCCUUUGCUGAGCCUUAUCGACCAUGAAGAUGAAGAAGAUGCACCUUUGCCGGACGAGGCUACCCUCUUAUUUGGUCAAGCUGAGAAUAAAUGGGUUCUCCCAUCUGGCAAAAACGUUGGAGAAAUCUUCGUGGAAAAGAUUGGCAACAAUUCUGAAGCAUUCAAGCACAAAAAACGGCCAACAGCAAUUGAAAAGGCCACUUUACGUUAUGGAGCAUCGAAUAUUAUCGAUUUGUCGGCUCACAUGAAAGGAUGGUUUACUAUAGAAGAUAAAAAGUUCAUGACCAAAAAACACGAGGCUGUUCUCCGUGUUCCAGAUCUUCCGGAAGACGUCAAUACGUUCAUCUUAACAGUAGAAGACAUGGUUCGCAGGAGAGAAGUGAAGAAAGCACACGGCAUGUGCUUGAAAAAGAUUGACGAAUCCGACGAAAAAAGCUGUAUGUAUAAAGUCGGCAAAAUUUACAGCGAUUUCAUUUUUAAAAGCAAGAAUACGGACAAUAUUCUGAGCUGUGGAGGCCAUAACGAAUCCACAGAAAUAGAUGCCAUAUUGAAGGCAUGUUGGUAUAUCAUUGAGGCGCUGAUGGAAGGUUCCCAAAUACAUUCAAAAUGGGGUGAGUCGUUUUGCCCGCCGAGCAGAAGUGAUGCUUACAGCAAAGGCCGCCGAUGUGACGUUCGGUUCUUGACAAGGUCGGGAAAAGACCUAGGAGAAUGGGAAUUUGCAGCGCGUGCUACAGCCGCCAAGGUCAUUGGUGACCGCUGUCGUUCGGCUCGAAUAAAUCAAUCCAUCUUGAACAACUUGUUGGGUUUUAACUGGACGGACGAGCAGAUUGAUGGUGUUAACGUACCGUUCCUUCAAAUCGCUGGUACAAGUGGUCAAAUGCUUCUGAUAGACCUAACACAAGAGUACUAUGUCGUAUUCCCAGGGGGCAGAUUUGAGCUGCCAACGAAUCUUCAGCAAAUCGGGAGGCUUAAAGGAUCUAUCCAGGUUUUGAAAUAUUGUAUGGACAUGUAUGGAGAAAGAGACAGAGCGAUCGAAAGCUUACAGAUUUAUUACCAUCCGUUCGAUGAAAUAUUUGGCGUCGACGAUGUUGUACCUACUCAUCGCAAAUUCCAACACAUCCGCAAGCCAUGGUGGACACAGAAAACCCAGCUGGAGUACAGAGCCAACCAAACUUUAGAAUAA